AUGCUCGCUCGCCGGUUCUUGUCCACCAGCGCGUCUCUCCCGCCGACCAUCCGGCAGCUCCUCGCAGCUCCUCCAUCUACAUAUGCUCCUGCGAUACACGUCAACGGCUGGGUAAAGUCCAUCCGGAGGCAGAAGAAGGUCGCUUUCGCGGUGAUCACCGAUGGCUCUUCCGAACCUGGUCUGCAGGCUGUCUUCACAGAUAUAAAUCUCGCUAAACAGUUGACUAAUGGCGCAAGCGUAAAAUUACGCGGAGAGUUAGUUGACAGUCGGGGUGCUGGUCAGGCUAAGGAGCUCCAGGUAGCGGAGGCAGAGGUACUUGGAGAAUGUGACCCAGAAACAUAUCCGAUGCAGAAGCAGGCCUUGACAGUUGAGUACCUCAGAGACCACUGUCAUCUGCGCGCACGAACACGAGAGAUCGGCGCCAUGCUACGAUUGCGUGACUCGACAACUAGAGCUAUACACAACUACUUUGAGGAUAUUGGCUUCAUACAUGUACACACCCCCAUAAUAACGUCCAACGACUGUGAGGGGGCUGGCGAAACCUUUCGCAUCGCACCUUCAAGUUCAGAGCCUUCGUCUCGGUCCGCUUCUCCGCCGUCCUCGGACGCGAAACCUUCAGAUUACUUCAAUCACCCAGCAUACCUUACGGUAUCAUCCCAGCUCCAUCUAGAAGCCGUCGCAACAGCCCUCUCGCGAGUAUACACCCUCUCCCCAUGCUUCCGCGCGGAGCGUUCCCAAACCUCACGCCACCUCGCCGAAUUCUGGAUGCUCGAAGCCGAAUGGGCGUUCACCUCGUCCCUCGAUGAGCUCUGCACCGUCGUCGAGAACGCCAUCCGACACGUCCUUCGCACACACUCGACCAGUCCGGACAUGGACGCCCUCUGGAAACAACACCCGUCCGCAACCGCCCAGGCCCGGCGCGACGAACUGCAUUCCUACGCCUCCGCCUCCAGACCCUGGACGCGCCUGACCUACACCGACGCGAUCAACAUCCUUUCCGCGCACCACGCCGCGACGGGCGCGUUCGUCUUCCCGCCCGUCUGGGGCAGCGGCCUGCAGAGCGAGCACGAGCGCUGGCUCGCAGAGCAGCACGCCCGCGGGCCCGUCUUCGUCACGGACUACCCAGCAGCGAUGAAGCCAUUCUAUAUGCGCAUGAACGACGGGUGCGCCCCCGACCGCCAGACUGCUGCGUGCUUCGACCUGCUCGUGCCGGGCAUGGGCGAGCUGGUCGGUGGGUCGUUGCGCGAGGAGCGGGCGGGGCUGCUCGAGAAGGCGUUGGAGAGGCAUGGGUUGGACAAGUCGGACUAUGGGUGGUAUCUGGACUUGAGGAGGUAUGGCGGCGCGCCGCACGGCGGGUUUGGGCUCGGCUUUGAGAGGCUCAUUAGCUGGAUGAGUGGGAUCGAGAGCGUGAGGGAGUGCAUUGCGAUGCCGAGAUGGGUGGGGCGGAUGCUCUUGUAG